UUGUCGGCUGCACUCGCCUGUUGCUGGAGGUUGUGGAUGUGGACAGAAGGUCCGCGACAAGAGUCCGCUCAGCUAGCAAUAAAAGGGCAUUCAAGUUAAAUUGAUGCUUCAUUCGGGAGCACUUCCCUCAACAUGAGGGCCCGUCACUGAUUUGGGAUAUUGAACAUACCAUUUGCUAGCUAAAAGUUCAAUAUCCACUUCCCAAAGUUUCGGCGAAGAGAAUUGGGCGCAAUUACGCGCGGCGUUCACCAUGGCACCAGUUUGGGAUAGACGCGCUCCCGCUUUGCUCUUGGUAUGGGGCUACUGCGUCCUGGCCGACACCGUUUUUACGAACUUUACUUUGGACAACGAGGUCCAUUCCAGUUUCAUCCACCGUCGGCUGAAGAGCCAGGAGCGCAGGGAGAUGCAGCGGGAGAUCCUCUCAAUCCUCGGGCUGCCGCACCGGCCGCGACCCCACCUCCACGGAAAGCACAAUGCUGCCCCGAUGUUCAUGCUGGACCUGUACAAUGCCAUGUCCAUUGAGGGGGACGAGGACAGAUACUCCUAUCCAUACAAGCCCGUAUUCACCACCCAGGGGCCCCCGAUUGCCAGCCUGCAAGACAACAACUUCUUGAACGAUGCAGAUAUGGUCAUGAGCUUUGUCAAUUUAGUGGAACAUGAUAAGGAGUUUCUACCAGUGCGGCGGCAUCAUCGAGAGUUCAGAUUCGACCUGUCACGGAUCCCCGAGGGCGAGGCUGUCACUGCCGCCGAGUUCCGCAUUUAUAAAGACUUCAUCCAUGAACGCUAUGAUAACGAGACCUUCCGUAUCAGCGUCUACCAGGUGCUGGAGGAACACUCUGAUAGGGAAUCAGAUCUAUUUCUGCUGGACUCACGAGUGAUCUGGGCAGCAGAGGAGGGUUGGCUGGUGUUUGAUGUGACAGCCACCAGUAACCACUGGGUCCUGAACCCUGGCAGGAACCUGGGUCUGCAGCUGGCCCUGGAGAGCACAAAUGGAGAGAGUGUCAACCCACGUGUGGCUGGGCUGAUCGGUCGGAGUGGGCCCCAGAAUAAACAGCCCUUCAUGGUGGCCUUCUUCAAAGCUACUGAGGUGCACCUGCGUAGCAUCCGCUCAGCACAAGGAGGCACCAAACGUAACUCCAACCGGUCAAAAGGGGCGAAGGGCCAGGAAGCACUCCGAGUGGCCAACAUUGCAGAGAACAGCAGUGCUGAUCAGAAGCAGGCAUGUAAGAAACAUGAGCUCUACGUCAGUUUCAGAGACCUGGGGUGGCAGGAUUGGAUCAUUGCUCCAGAGGGAUACGCAGCAUACUAUUGUGAGGGAGAGUGUGCCUUCCCGCUGAACUCCUAUAUGAAUGCCACAAACCAUGCCAUCGUCCAAACCCUUGUUCAUUUCAUUAACCCAGAAACAGUCCCCAAGCCAUGUUGUGCCCCCACGCAGCUCCACGCCAUCUCAGUGCUCUACUUUGACGACAGCUCCAACGUGAUCCUCAAGAAGUACCGCAACAUGGUGGUCAGAGCUUGCGGCUGCCACUAGACUGCAUCUCCACACGGACACAAACACAUGGACAUACACACACAAGUAAAGAGGGCUUCUCUUCAAUGUCAGACACUAUUUUGGGGCUUGGCAUUUUAAACAUUGAGAGUGGAUGAGAAAACACACACAAUCACACACACACACACACAUUUUGUACAAUGCAAAUGCAAUGCAUUUUGAGAGCCCAUUUCAAGUCAGUUUAAUGGGUGGAGAAAGCUCUCACUUACAAGGUUCUCUUGAAAUAAACACGAUGUCCCAGAAUGCUGUGUGGCUGAACAGGAAUUUCAGACAAUCAAUUUUAGAUUCCUCUCCACAAGGGUGCACACACAUGCACAAACUUACAAACAAACACAUGCGCACACGCACACACACACACAUGCACGCACACACACACAUCUGUGCUUUCUACUGUGUAUAUGAAACAUUUAAAGCAGUGAUUGUACUGUAUAUUCAUACACAGUCAACAAUCUUUUGUUUAUUUCAAUAUUUUUUUUAUGUAGUUAAUGUGAUUUUCUUACUGUAUAUUUUAUUAUCUAUAUUUUUAUGACUGAGAGACCUGGAUGAAGGUUCUGAAUCUAUGAACUCUUCUAUGUACAAUACUGUGUAAAUAUUAUUAUUAUUAUUUUUUUUUUCAAACAAAAGCGAGAAGUGUAUUUAUUUCCUGGGAAUGUCAAAGUUGGGUUUUGUCUUUCUCCUGUAUGUAAUGCUGCCCGUGUUAUAUCGCCUUUCACAUAAUGGUACUGUUCAUCACAGACUGAGGAAAUGAAAGCAAAGCUGGCAGAACAUUAUUUUCACAUGAACAUUAAACUCAAAUCAUCCACCUCACUCUCUCUCCCUCCCGCUAUAUUCUCUCUGUCUAUAUGUCUAGGAUUGUCGUGCAGUAAAGCUUCACAGUGGGGGUGUUAAAUCUAUCAUCCGAGUACAAAGAGCAAUACGACUUCCAUCUCUUAGCCAGAAGCAUGCAGUGCUGUUUUAGUUAUACCAUUAAAGAAUUUAUCGCCAUGUAGCAUACAGACUCGCGAUGAAAAUAAGACAUUUGAGGUUGUUAACUAAACAGAUGCAAUUUAUGACAAGCAGCUUUAAGAAAUUUAACUGGAUUGUCAGAGUGUGUGUGUGUGUGUGUGUGUGUGUGUGAGAGAGAGAGAGAGAGAGAGAGAGAUUUGUACCAAGCUUCACUUGCUCUGUGUGCUAGAGUUUUUCAGGUUUAUAUUCCUCUGCUGUAAUACAGUCUGUCUUAUUUAAAAGGUCUAUUUAUUGAGAGCUGGCACAGUUGUACAGCGUGCCCCAACAAUGUCACCACUCAGAAACAUGUUUUAUUGCUGAACUGGUAAAACAAUAAACUUGGAGAAAAGCAA